AUGCAGACAUACUCAACCAACGAACUAUCUGUCACUAGGACCAAUCCAUCAAAGCCAAAUAGUAGUAUUCCUAUCAUGAUGCUAAAACUAGAAGACCGCCGCCGCGAACCCCCAAAUGACGGACUUGUGUCCAUCCUCUUCUCCCGUUUGGCUGCAAUGCUGGCCAUUGAUGAAGCGGAAGCGUUUGCUAGAAAGCAUCAUUUGGGUCCGUCAGAAGCUGCAGAAGCAGAGGGGAAAGCUCUAAAGCGGGCUGCAGCACAAGAAUCUUGCAGACUCUCGUGGAAUAAUGCCAAGCACCUGUAUGAGCUGCAUCACCCAUCGCUUACCAAGCUCCCACCUCCAGCCCUUGUCGGUGCGGCAGGUAUCCCGCUGUCUCCAGUGAGGUCAAAGUAUUCCGGACUCCUCCACAUCUCUGUUUCGACACCAUCGAAAGAAUCCAAUUCUAGACAACCUCCAACUAUUCUUGUGACUACUCCUAUGUCGGCCAACGCGGUCGAAGGUGCCAACAUGGCAGCCACGCCUCGGACGUCCACCCUCCCUUUGGCUGAUUCUGAUGAACUCCUAGCGUCUCUGGACCUGGGCACGCUGACCCUCUCCAUUUCGGCGGCUGCCAUCACCGCCACGAUCCCUUCGUUAUAUGCAAUAGACUCCCUUGUCACUGCAAUUCUGGCCGUUGCAGUCUCGGACGAGGCCUCAAACACCGUCCUAACGGACAUGGAGCUCUACGACCCAACCAAGGAAGCAUUAUCCAAGCACUCGUCUUUAAAUAGUAACAUAAAAAGCCUCGCCGAGCAGGAAGACGCCAAAGAAGGCAUCCAACUUCUGUCGAAGAUCAAAUUCGCAAACUCGCAAUCCGCCGACUCCACCCAGAGAAAAUGGUUCCAUUUCUGGCGCCCACAGAAACCCACAAAGCCCAAGACCAAGAAAAUCGUGGUCGAAGAAUUCGACCUAGAGAAAUAUGGACGCUACGGCUACGGCUCCUCGCGGGAGGGACAGAAGCUCCCGGGCUUGACGCGGGGAUGCUUACGAAUCCUCUUCUGGGGGCUGGAUAUGCUUGUGCGCAUACUUACCAUGAUGGUAAAGAUAAUCGCCUGGUUGCUGGUCAAUCUGACUCGAUGUACUACUAGCGCGAAAGCUUAA